CGAGGUGACGCGGCAGAGAGAGACAGAGAGAGCUCGAGCUCGACAUGGCGAUGGCGGGUGGAGGACGAGGAGACUACGGCGCCUUCAUGGAGAGGUUCGUGCUGCCGCCGCCGCCAUCGCAGCAACUCCCUCUCCACGGCCUCACCUUCGCCAUCAAGGACAUCUUCGACAUCGCCGGCCGCGUCACCGGGUUCGGCAACCCGGACUGGGCGAGGACCCACGCGCCCGCCGCCGCCACCUCCCCCGUCGUCCUCGCCGCGCUCGCCGCCGGCGCCACCAGCCUCGGCACCACCAUCAUGGACGAGAUGGCCUACAGCAUCAAUGGGGAGAACACGCACUACGGCACGCCGACCAACCCUUGCGCGCCUGGGAGAGUCCCCGGAGGAUCCUCCAGUGGUUCAGCUGUCGCCGUCGCCGCCAACCUCGUCGACUUCUCCCUCGGCACCGACACCGGCGGCAGCGUCAGGGUGCCUGCUGCCUACUGCGGCAUCUUUGGACUCCGCCCUUCCCAUGGGUUGGUUUCUGCAGAGAAUGUCAUCCCCAUGGCGCAAAUGUUUGAUACUGUUGGGUGGUUUUCCAGAGAUUUAUCUACGUUGUCUCGUGUAACCAAAGUGCUGUUGCCACUCCCUGAUGACAUUGUCAAGCAACCUACUCAAGUCACAAUUCCUAUGGACUGUUUCCAGAUCUUAGGCUCUCUCGACGACCGCACCUAUCAAAUCAUCAAUGCUUCGGUAGCAAAGAGAUUUGAUAGUCAGAUAUUAGACAAUAGGAACCUUGGAGAUUUCAUCUCUGAUAAUGUUCCAAGCAUAGGAAAGUUCAUCACUGACUUCUCUGAAAGCGAACUCCCUUCUGUGCCAGCUCUAUCCGUCAUUUCACAUGUCAUGCGAGGCCUUCAAAGGUCUCAGUUCAAAGCAAACCAUGCAGAGUGGGUCAACACUGUAAAACCUAACCUAGGCCCUGGAUUACGGGAGAGAAUACUGGAGGCCAUUGCAUCUGGGGAUAAUGAAUCCCUGGAGGAUUUCCAAGCUAUAAGGGCUGAAUUCAAGUCUGCACUUGCUGCUCUUCUGAAGGAUCAUGGAAUCCUUGCAAUCCCUACAGUUCCUGGGCCUCCACCCAAGGUGGGCAUGGAAGCUGCUCCUCUGGAAAAUUUCCGAGCAAGAGCAUUUUCACUUCUCUCCAUCGCUGGAUUAUCCGGGUUUUGCCAGGUGAGUAUUCCGCUGGGCAUGCGCAAUGGUCUUCCUGUGUCAGUUUCGCUCGUGGCGCGACAUGGUGCAGACCAUUUCCUCCUCAAUGUGGUUGAGGAGCUGUAUCAGACACUCAUAGACGAAGCCACUAAAACUUGGUCCUCCUGAAUCCUGCCCUAUUUCAUCUGUAUAUGCCUAAUACACAGUCAAAACACAUUUCAUAUGGAAAUGGAGUGAUACUGAUACAGAUACUACAGUAGACUGCCCAUGUAAUUAACAUUUGCAUAUGCAUGGAUGUUUGCACUGCACAGACAAAGUUCUUUGGGAUAAAACUUGUGCUUUACCAAUGAGGUUGAUUGUUUUA